UAUCCCUAGCACACACAUCUGGGAGCAAUCGAAUAAAUUUGUGCAAAUUGUUACUGGAAGUCGUUCGCGUUUAUUUGCCAGCAAUUUAUUUAAAAGUUAUAAACAAAAGAAAUGUGAAUUUUCGGUGUGUACAAUCGAAGCAGUAUAAGCAAAUCAGUAUCGCAGAUCUCGGACCACAAAAAUUGCCAAGAAAAAUUACAUGCAAGGAAGAAAAAGGCUUAAUUCUUAUACCAAAACAACAAACAUUUGUCUUUGCUAAAAAGAAAAAAAAAAAUAAAGGAAAAACAAACGCAAUAGCCGCAAUCGCUUAAGUGAAACUCAAUGUAAACAAAAACAAGCGAGCGAUACGCAAAGAUUCUAUGGAGAGCCCACAUCGCCACGGCACAUCUUGCUAUUAGACAUUGACUAUAAGGUUAAUAUUUACUUGGGUUAGAAGACCCUAACCCACCAACCAAAAAAGGAAAAAAGUUAUCGCCAACGCGCGUUCGUUCGCUCAUACACCGUUGCAGAAGAGAGUCAUUAAAAGGGAACUGCAGCCAUUUUUAUUUGAAGAAAAAAAACUCAAUUUCUAUCGGAACAUGUGUUAGACCGUCGGCAAUUGAAAACGAUUGUUGGGAGUAUGGUGUAUUUAAUAAACCGUUUUGCCGACGUAAUAUCAACAAACACAACAACACCAUCAGUAAUUACAAAAAACACACUAAGGCGGCCAAAAUAAUAACAAUAAUAAUAAUAAGAAGAAAUUCCUUUGGCAAACGCUGAGUACGACUACGGAGGAAGACAUUGAUUUAAAAAUAGCCAAUGUUCUACAAACACCCAGUGUAGAAGAAGACGCGAAGACGCAAAAGAAACAAAAACAGCAACAAAAAAAAAACAACAAAUAGAGAAAAGGUGUUGGCGGUUAAAGAUAUCUAAAUUUUUUUGCGUGCUCUCAUUAAUAGUGCAUCAUCUGUAUUAUUGCUAAAUAAUUGCCCCCCUCAGCCCGAUUGAAAAGCGAAGAAUCGAGAAGUACGGUCACGGCGGCGGGCACCAUUUGCUGCAUCAAUAGAAGAGGAGAGAAAAAAGAAGCCUCCAACAACACGAGCCUGCCUUGUGGCAACAAUAAAUAUUUUUUCAAAACUGUUGCUUCUUUAAAUUGGAAAAAUUACAAAUUUCAAAAUGAAGCGUCGCAAUGCCGAUUGCGGCAAACUACGAAGACCUAUAAAACGUAACAAAAUUACAGAGAGCAUGUACGGCAGCACCACUGUUUUGUAUAUGAAAUUUUUGGUACUAUGGGCUAUUGUGAUAACGGCAGAUUUUAUGUUUAUGUUCCGCUUUGAAUUUCUAUGGCCAUUUUGGUUACUACUGCGAUCAGUACACGACUCAUUUAAAUAUAAGGGAUUGGCAUUUUCGGUUUUAUUUGUAUGCAUUGCAAUAACAUCCGACUUGGUAUGUUUAUUCUUUAUACCAGUUAAUUGGUUAUUAUUUGCUGCCAGUACAUAUGUUUGGGUACAAUAUGUGUGGCAUACAGACAAAGGCAUUUGUUUGCCCACAAUUAUCCUAUGGAUGUUAUUUGUAUAUUUAGAGGCUGGCAUACGAUGGAAGGACAGCAGACAUAUGCCUCACUUAGAUUUAUGUAGACCAUUUGCAGCACACUGCAUUGGUUAUCCUGUGGUUACUUUAGGCUUUGGCUUCAAAAGCUAUGUAGGCUACCGAAUGCGUCAGCGUAAGCAGCGAGAGGUAGCUAAGGAGAAUGAAUUCUAUAUGCAAUUAUUGCAACAAGCACUGCCUCAGGAGGAACCAAUACCGGCGGCAGAAGAAACUCAGACUGCGGUGGCCGCGAAUGCUUCCAACAACAACUCGAAUGCUGUUGCUGCCAUUUCCUCAGCGAGUCAUAUUGCACAAAAUCAUCAUCAAAGCAAUUCAUUAGCAACCGGAGCUUCUCUCAGUGCGGCCCACACACAAAUAUCAAAUUCUAUAGCUACAGCAAAUGGUUCGGUGGCUUUAGCACAAAACCAUAGUCUCCAGGAGCAACAGCAUCAUCACCAUCACAGCAAUCAUAAUGGUAACUGUUUAACUGCAAAUGGUGCCGCUUCAAUGGCUUCAUCUGCUGCUUGUCAAGUCACGGGUGUUGCCAACUCCAAUUUCUCCUCAUCCUCAAAUUCUUCCUCUUCUAAUAAUACAACAUCUUCUACAUCUACGUCUUCAGCCUCAUAUUUAUCUUCUACGCUAACGGCAUCAUCGUCAUCAACGUCGAAUGAUGACAAAAGCUAUGUACAAAUUGGUGGCGGUAGUGGUGUAUCUUCAAAUGGUCACAUAGGCAGUGGCACUGGAAGUGGUGGUGGCAAAAAUAAUCGCCGCAGUGUGGACAAGGAAAAUAGACAUAAAGGCGGCAGUCAAGUGAAUUCUGGUGGUGACAGUGGCGAUUUUCACUCGAAUAAACACAACAAAAACAACAACUAUCACCAGGUUAAUCAUCAAAACAAUGAAAGCAAUAGUCAUCAUCAUCAUAAUCAUCACCAGCACAACAACAACAACAACAAUAAUAAUAAGGAGAAAGGCGAUUGGGAUAACAACAACUAUCACCAGCAACAGCCCGCAAAUAGAGAAAAGGAGAAACAUGAAUUGCCAGGAAAAUCCAAUAAAAAAUCAGCAAAUUCGUCAAGUUCAACACAACAACCAACUGUGGUUAACGGCAAUGGGGCAACACAUUUGGAUGCCGAAGAUGUAGUGGUGGUUUCCGUAGAAGCCGUUGAAAAGACAAAGGGCCGACGAAAUCGUUCCAAAAAAGAGAACGCUUCCAAGGACAAUCACUAUCAUAAUAAUAAUAACAACAGCAGCACCAAUAACAACCAUCAUAAAGAUUCCAAUAAAGAGAAUCACCAACAUAAUUCAUCAAAAGAUACUCAUAAUCAACAUCACAAUUCGGAUGCCUCAUCCGUCUCCUCAUCUUCAUCAUCCACAUCAUCGUCAUCAUCUUCGGCGAAAUCCGGCCACUCGGCCACGUCGGCGAUAACACAUUUGGCUACUAAAGUCGUUUCCAAGAUUUGUGAGACUUGUCUCAAGCUCGAAGCCGAUGUUAAAAAGUACCGCUCCGAGAUAAGCCACAUGAAACAGAUCGAAAAUGAACUGAGACAGAAAUUGGAAACGAACAUGACAACUAAAUCCUGUUUGCAGGCCAAACAGAAAGAGUGUGAUGAGCUGGAGAAGCGCAUACACGAACUUACAAAUGCUCGACACACGGACAUGUUACAAGUGCAGAAUUUAGAGAGACGUUUGGCCGAGGAACGGCGACAGAAACAAUCAUUGGAUGCCCAAUUGAAUAAUGAGAAGAAGGCGCGCAAACAGGCUGAGGAGAAGGCAGCGCGUCCCGAGUGCAGUUCACAAUGCAAACAAAGGAAACAGCAAAUGGAUGAAGAAAUCAAACAGCUGCGACGUGAGCUCAAAUUGGCCGAAGAUGCUAAACAAAUGGCUGAGCAGCAUGGACGCAAAUGGGAGCAAGAGCUACGAAUGUUUGAGGCUGAGAUUCGCAAUCGUGAUUCCUUACAACCUGGCGCUGAUGUUCUAAUGAAUGCCCUGGCAGCAAUGCAGGACAAGAAUUGUACUUUGGAAAAAAAUCUUUCAGCAGAAACGAGGGUUAAGCUGGACUUAUUCUCAGCUCUGGGAGAUGCCAAACGCCAAUUGGAGAUAUCUGAAAGUCUAAGACGCUCCAAAGAGGAUGAAGUACACGAUCUGAAGGCAAAAAUUGCGCAACUUUUAGCCGUUAUGCCCACAGAUUCACUGUGUUUGCCAUCCUGCAGUUCAACUGGGGCCAGUUCAAUGCUACGCAUGAACGAUACACCUCCGCUGCAAUCGGGUCCCGGUCCAGCUUCUCCGAUGCUUACAAGUCUUAGUGCCGCCCAGGCUCAGCAACAGUUAGACUUUGUUGUUAACAACCAACAGCAACAGCAACAACAGCAGCAGCAGCAGCAAAAACAACAGCAACAGCAACAAAAUCAGUGUCCUUGUGUUGUGCCGGUAUCAGUGGCAACUUCGGUGUUAGUUUCUCAAGUGUCCAAUGGUGUGUCAAAUGCCAAUGGCUCAAACCUUGAUCCUAAUGCCACGGUUUACACACCCAAAUGUCCCAACAAUAAUGCGGGCAGUGUUGUGGUCGUCGGCGGUUCUGGAGAUGCCUGAUGUAUACUUAACAAUGUCAAUCAUUUGUCGAAUACCAGACGUCAUGUUUGAGAUUAUUUUUAAUUUUAUUUAAAAAAGAAAAGCAAAGAAAAAGCAAACAGCCAGAAUUCAAUUGUUUUAAUAUGACAUGCUCUUUUCCCCGCCAUCUGAAUUACCCGAGCAGUAAUCGCACAGUCCUCUAUUUGUUGUGCCCUUUCACUACUUGACUUUUUUAAGAUGAGGAGGAGGAUGAUGAUGCAUGGCUGGCGUUGCCCAUCAGGAAAAGAGCAUGUUGUGCUAAGGAGAAUUACAAUUAUUACAACUUAACAACAAAACCCCCAUGAUUACAACAACACAAAAGUAUCUCUUAUUGAAAACCACACAAGAAAAAAACAAAACAAAACAAAACAAAUGAAAAGAAAAGAAAACACAAAUUUGAAAAAUGAAAUAAAACUGCAUUAAAAAAACAAA